AUGAAUUUCAUUCUAUUAUAUUUAUUUUCCAUUUCACAGUGGAUUACAUUAAAGGCUAUAAGCCGCUGCUUACUUUUUGGUGAAACUAUUGCUGAUGUAUUUAAUUCCUCCUUAAACAUAAUCACUGCAAGUGGAACUUAUAAAGUUCCUACAAUAAUAAUAGAAGUAUUUGAAAUUAUUAUUAAAUUAUUAAAUUUAGGAAUUACUUUUAUAGAAUAUAACAGAAAGUUCUAUAAGAAACAUCAAUUUCAAUUGAUUGAAGAAGAGCUGAUUCCCCAAGCUGGUAUAGCAGAUAUUAUCACUGAUACUGAAAGUUCUACUGAGGAAUCAACUAUUAAUGCAAAGGAUUUUAAAGACAUGAAAAAACAAAUCCAACAUAUUAUUACCCAACAAGGGAACCAAAUUAACAGGUUAGACGAGAGACUUAGCGAUCUCUGUCGUCAGUCCAAUCCUUCAUAAGCCAUAGCUUUUAGGAUUUAUUUACCUUUAUUGUAAUUUUCCCAGUUAAUAUUUACUUAAUCUUUAAAGAAGAUUUUGGUUAUUUGUUAUGAAGUAUAAAUACUUUGAUUUUUUGCUAAAAAUAAU